GUGUUGUGUUGGGCGCAGGGCGCGACCUUUCCCGCCACAACGGCAGAAGGAGCGUGCUCUAUGUCUUUUCGGCGCCAAAGAACCACACGCGUUGAUACAAACCGGAUCAUUUGACGGUGAUCCUGAUAUCGCAGAUAUAUUGUAUAUAAAGUGCAAUUGCGUUUGUUCCCGAAUAAGCGGUUUUAUAUAUUUUCCACCAUAAUUUCUACACACCGGUGAAUAAAUACAACAAAAAGAUGCUGAGCGUCUCUAAUCCCACUGUCCAUCCGACAAUCAGACCAAAGACACCGGAAUCGAGUCCCAGUCCACCCAGUAAAGGUCGAAAACGUGGUAAUGAUUGGAACUGCGAGUAUAGAGUAUUUACAAAGACACAAUGCAGGCCGAGUCCAGCACGGAAGAAGAUAAUAAAGAGUAUUGGGGAAGAUGCGACAAUUGGUAUUGAUGUGCACUGUCAAACUGUGCGUUUUGAUCAAACCCCUUUGAUUGUUCCGCUCUUUGUUGAGGCAAAGAGCAAAGAUGAUUUCGAAACGUCAUCUCUAUUCACAUCAAAAGAAACAUCUCGUCCGGUGUGUAAGGUGCCGUUUCUCAAGAGUGCUCAUAUGCACGAACGUAAUAAGAUCAGUCAAAAACUUGACGAAAAUAAGAUUGAGAGUUUUUACGUCGAUGAAAACUCACAGACUGAAGAUGAGAGAGACAAUGACAUUGAAGAAGAACUGUUUGACGGUAAGCCAGCUAAAUUAGAAAAUCCUUCGACUGACAAAAAAGAAAGUUCCCCUGUUUUAUCCUCGAGAAUGUCGAAAGCACUGAAAUUCUUGCAAACGAAGAAAAAAAACGCGUGUCAGAACGAGGAGGAUUUUUUGAAUCCUGGUAUACCAGGAAUUCGUGGUGAAGAUAUACCGAGAAACAAUGAAGUAACUUUUCCGGCGGUCAUGGAGGACAACGGUUGGGAUUCUGAUGCUGAAAUUUCGAAACUACGUGAUCUACAGGAACCCGUUUCUACAAUCGACACUGCCAGUAAAAUUGACAACGACAGUUUUUUCGUCGAUCCGAUCGAUAAGAACGAACCUUAUUACAUGGUUGGUUUGCCCAAUCCACCUGGUGAAAAUCGUUGCUGGUUGAAUGCGACUCUUCACGCUUUAUUCUCGGUCCCUCUUACCGAUCAUAUCGAUCAAUACGAACGUCAACAAUGGCGUGGUGUUUCACACCUUACAAAAACAUUUAUGGCACUGAAAUUAUUCUGGACAAAAGGAAAAAAACAAAAUUUCUAUCAGACUAUCAAGCUAUUCAAAGAGAGUUUGGGAAUUUUGGAUGAGUCGUAUCCGUCACAACGUCAGCAGGAUGUGUCCGAAUUUCUCACGAUGUUUUUGAAUUACUUGAAAACCGAUUUCGAGAAGUUUUCAACGGAAAAUAACGUGGCAAUGAGAGAUGGCAGCGAAGACAUGGAGAACAUAACGAACAAUAGCCAGGAAACGCGUGAAGCAUCUCGAUCUCCGCAUACACCUAGUAAACGUACGCCUCUUGCCGAUAUAUCACCGUGCAAGAGGAAAUUUCACGAAGUCAGUUCGGAUGCGAGCGUCGAGUCAAGUCCAAAGACCCGGAAAAAUAAUCUGACAUACACCGUACGCGAUCUUAUGAGUCCACGAGUAAAUAGACUCUCGAACACCACCGAUCCUAUGUACAAAGUUCACACACCGCCGCACAAUCGCGAUAAAGCUUCCAUCAAAGAAAACGAUGAGCGGAUAAAUUUGUGCAAAAACCCAAUUGAUCGUUGUUUUUUGCUCCACAUGAUGGAACACUACGUUUGCAAAGGUUGCGCCAAACAUCGUCAAAGGAAAGUCGAUAAUCUUAUGAUCUAUAUCGAUCUCAUGCAUGGCAGCGAGGAUGAGAUCGUGUCCCUCGAUAAAUCUAUCAAAAAUACUAGGGAACCCGAAGAACGGACUUUAACCUGCGGCAAAUGCAAAUAUGGCAAGCACAAAGUAUUCACGACCUUCCGUUUUUGUCCGAAAAUCCUUAUGGUACAAAUUAAUCGUUAUGGCAUGUGCAGCGAUGGAUCAGUCGCUAAAUUUAACACACCUGUCGAAAUACCGGAAACCCUGCAGUUGGAUCUUGGCAUGUCGGAUGUGGAAAACGGUAACGAAGCAACGGAGAGUUUUGAGCCUGUGUGCGUCAUAGCUCAUGUGGGUAGCGCCAUGGACUGCGGACAUUACACGAGUUACGUGAAGCACGAAGAUAGUUGGUAUCAUUUCAACGAUCUUGUAGUCACGCCGAUGUCGAGGCAUGAAGCUCUGACCGCGGCUCAGACCACUGCGUAUGUUGUGUUUUUCGCAAAUACGAAGGUCUAAACGACCAGCCUUAACAAACUGGCAAAUCAACGUUACUUUUUUCACUUAUAUUUUCAAUCAGAAGCAUUAUUCAUAUCAUCCUCGAUUUUGCAUUGUUUCGUCUGAUUCUUACGAUCGACGAUUUCAGACGAAAAAGAAGAAAACUUUCGUCAAUUGUAAUAGCAAAUGACGAAAAACGUAUCGAUCUUUUUCAUUUCGAAUACUUUUUGUAUAGUUCUCUUACAGUACGUAGUCGGGAAUUUCCACGAGUUAGGAUUAGCAUUAAUUUCCUUUUUACUGCCAAUUGUGAACAAAAUUCGUGUUUAUUCCAAGUUACACUUUGUAAGUCAUUCGGUUUCCGAGGUGAAACAUACUUUUUUCCGUUGGAUCCGAGCUGGUUGUUAGCAUUCUCAGUCGUUCGAAAAAUGGAAAUUCCUUUUGUCUUCGAAAACUAAUUCAAGGUUGUAAUCCUCCCCAUGUUUGAUCACACUCACAGUUGCCCGUGUGAGGAUUCCACGCGACUCCUGUACGCGGGCAAAUGUGACUAAUGUUUAUGCAUUUUUUGUUGAGUAAUUCAAAAAACGAAAAUAACAACAUGAAUGUUGUGCCUAAAAGUGGCUUUCUGCAUAGACUGUAACUCAACCAUUUUCGUCUCUGAGGAAAUCAGAUAUGCAAUCAUCUCUCAGUGAAUAAAUUAUAACAAUUAUAAAGCAAAUAUUUAGUUUUAAGUAUACCGCGAACGAAAGAAACUCCGAGUUUUUGGCAAUUUUCACAUGGUCAUAUGUCUUGUUACUGGUGUUGAAAAAGUGAAAUAAUAGAAGAUUAUAUAUAAAAAGCAUUUGUAAAAGCAUAGAAUAGAAGCACAAUAAACAAUAUUUUAAAUUAUUAA